AGGUCACGCAGUAUGGCGGCUCGGAGCCGAGACGGCUGAGGGGCUGGUCUUGGGGGGAAUCCGCGUCCAUCCUUCUCGGGAGCUGCGGCGGCCGUGCUGCCUGUCUCGCUAGUAUCGAGCGGCGGGACCAAAGCCGCGAUGGCAUCAGGAACUGCAGGGCUGUGAGGCGGCAGAGCGCGAGCCGGCAGGGCGGGCAGAGCAACUGAACCGGGUCGCGGACGAACCGAGCUGCCGCCAUGGAGCUGAGGGUUGGGAACCGGUACCGGCUGGGCCGGAAGAUCGGGAGCGGCUCCUUCGGGGACAUCUACCUGGGAACUGAUAUUGCUGCCGGAGAGGAGGUUGCAAUUAAGUUGGAAUGUGUGAAAACCAAACAUCCUCAGCUCCACAUCGAGAGUAAAAUCUACAAAAUGAUGCAGGGUGGAGUGGGUAUUCCCACAAUUAAGUGGUGCGGAGCUGAAGGGGACUACAACGUAAUGGUGAUGGAGCUGUUGGGACCCAGUCUGGAAGAUCUCUUCAAUUUUUGUUCCAGGAAAUUUAGUCUCAAGACAGUCCUAUUACUCGCUGACCAAAUGAUUAGUCGAAUUGAAUAUAUUCACUCUAAGAACUUCAUCCACCGAGACGUGAAGCCAGAUAACUUCUUAAUGGGCCUGGGGAAGAAAGGCAAUCUUGUCUACAUAAUAGACUUUGGAUUAGCAAAGAAGUAUCGAGAUGCUCGAACUCACCAACAUAUUCCGUAUCGUGAAAAUAAAAACUUAACAGGAACUGCCCGUUAUGCAUCCAUCAACACGCAUCUUGGAAUUGAGCAAUCUCGCAGAGAUGACUUGGAGUCCUUGGGCUAUGUACUGAUGUAUUUUAACCUGGGCUCCCUCCCCUGGCAGGGACUGAAAGCAGCAACAAAGAGGCAGAAAUACGAACGUAUCAGUGAAAAGAAAAUGUCUACACCCAUUGAGGUUUUGUGUAAAGGAUAUCCUUCUGAAUUUGCCACAUACUUGAAUUUCUGCCGUUCUUUGCGUUUUGAUGACAAACCGGACUAUUCCUAUCUAAGGCAAUUGUUCAGAAACCUCUUCCACCGACAAGGGUUCUCCUAUGACUAUGUGUUUGACUGGAACAUGCUGAAAUUUGGCGCAAGCAGAGCAGCUGAAGAUGCUGAACGUGAAAGGCGAGAACGAGAGGAAAGAUUGAGACAUACACGAAAUCCGGCUGUGCGUGGAUUACCCUCCACUGCUUCUGGCAGGCUGAGAGGAACGCAAGAUGUAGCUCCUCCUACUCCUCUUACCCCAACUUCACAUGCUGCCAACACCUCUCCUCGGCCCGUAUCUGGUAUGGAACGAGAAAGGAAAGUGAGUAUGAGAUUGCAUCGUGGUGCCCCAGUCAAUAUCUCGUCGUCUGACUUAACAGGCCGACAAGAUACCUCUCGCAUGUCAACCUCGCAGAAUAGCAUUCCUUUCGAACACCAUGGCAAGUAGCUGCUCGUCUCCUUUCGUUGGAAGGCAGCACUGGAUUCCUGCUCGGGUAACUACCAGUGUUCUCCAGUCUGCUGUGCACCGAUGAAAAUUAUUUUGCCAUGGAGGGCAGAUAAUGCAUGGCUGAUCUCCUAUGUUACCAAUGGCUUUACUAGCAAAAAUACCCUAAACUAGAGCGGAAACAUUACAAUCGGAGUUCUCCAUGUGACUUAAAAAAGCACUUGGAGCAACAUGGACAGACUCCAGCAGCUGCCAUUACAGGACGCUUUUGCCAGAAACCCAAUGACCUUAAGAGAACCCUGUGGUAACGGGGCUGGAAAAGAAAGAUGGUUUACAGAGUUGACCGCCUGUUAUCGGAUGGCCAUUUCAGUUUUCCUUCCACAGGCGGCAGACUUUACCCCCUUUUUAUUAUUCUACUGUAACUAUAAAUCUUUUACUUGGUUUAAGAAAGUUUUUUGUAUCAUUUUGCUAAAAUUAUUGGCUUAAUUCUCUGUAAAGAACUCUUGCUUUUGUCUGAUUUAAAAAUGUAGAAUAUAAACAAACCUAAACUAAAGACAAUGACUUGAAAUUUCUUGUUUAAAAAAAUUAGUCUGGCAGGGAACAUGUAAAUGAAUCAAAACCAUCUGACUUUAUUUAAACUGUUUACUGAUUUGUAUGGUCCUAUUCUGACUGAGAAGGUUUUCUCAUGAAACUUUUAAAACUGUUAGAAUUUUACUUUGCUGUUUGCUGUCUUCAUUCACACUUAACAUUUGACUUUCCGCACAAUUCCACAAAGGAAUUUUUAAGACUCGUGUUCUUUUUCGUAAAAGAGGAGAACUAAAUAUCCUGCAGGAGAGUCUAAGUAUAGUAGAGAUGAUGAUAAUGAAUUUCUUUUUUUGUAAAGAAUAUGAAGGACAAAGUGAAAGACUCUGGCAUUUGAGGGAUUUAGAAUUUGAAAACUUGUCCUGUCUCCCUGCUUAGUUUGGGUAAAUGGAUAUUUUCAAACAUAGUUUUUAUUGGUAAAAUCUUGUUUCCUGCACUCUGAGGCUGGUUAGCUUGGAGGGUAUUGCAAGUAGAAAAUACAUGUUGCUACUGAGUUUUCAGUGAAUUUGCAUGUUUCGUUCAGCAUCUACGUUUUUCUAAAUAAAUAAAUAAAUUGAUUCAGGCCUUCUGUUUCGUGCCAAGACUCAAAAAAGGAAUUAUUUAAAAACAAACCAAACCAACUAACAACCGACAACCUAUUCUUGCUGUGAAAUCCUGAGAAUUGUUACAAUUCAGGUGCAUACCAUAUUUAAUUCUUAACUGCAUUCGACCUGAGUAUGCCCAGAAUUGUUAGCUAGAAAUGAAUGAUUCAACAUGCUUAGGUUGUCCAAAAAACUGUUGCAGGUGUUGUCACCUGUUGGUUAUGGAAUAUGGAAGAUUGUUCAUGUUGUUUGUUACUGUAAACAGUCUCAUAAAAUAAAAAAAGGUAUUCUGUCCUCACAGUACUUGGAACAGUAUCAGAAGUACUGUUUAUACUAGUAUGACUGAAGUAAUGGGAAGUUUCAUGUUGGAAAUGAAAGUAUAUACAGAGAUUUUGUUUGAACAUUAGGUAUUUUGAGAAAUUCUUCCCUGCUUGAAAACAAAAUUUUUUAAAGGCCUAUUGGUCUUCAAGAGUUUUAUGAAGAGUAAUUUUUAUUGUUUUGGUGUUUACAAAUUCUUUUUUGCCCCUCUCAAAAGUCCACGUAUUAAAUAUUAGUCACUCUUCUUUGGAUGUUUUCAGAACAUUAGCUACUUGCUUGUGUGUACUCUGGGUCUGACUGGGGAAACCUGUGUUUGGGGAAGAGUAUAGUGGAAAAGCUAAAGAGUUUGAUCCAUGGAUAAGUUUGCAUAAGAGAAUUAUUUCCUCAGUUACUGUAAACUUCAGUAUUUUAGGCAUGUGCACUACCAUUUGAACAGUUUUACACUUCACUGUGCUUUCCUUGUAAAUAUCUGUGGUUAAUAAUGUACUGUUAGAAGGACUUACAAAGGCAGCCUCUUUAUUCUCUCUGCAUCUGGAACAUUAGAUUGCUGUACUAUACUUAAAAGUUGACUGCAGACUUCUAGAAUUGUACUCACUUGUGGGCAAUUUUUGUCCGUCAUAAUAGUUAAAUACCAUCAUGCGGAAAAUAGUUAGACUGUCUAUAUAAAUCUAUGUAUCGGAAACCAGUAUCUCAGAGCACUUCAUUUGUACUACCACUGUAUUUGUGUACUUUAACAAUUGUGUAAAUACAUUCAUAAUAACUUCUAUUCUUCUUUGGUGUAACUUACUUACAAUGAAUCCUUACUCUUCACUUGGUA